AUGACUCGAGACGUCCGCCGCCCUGAGAAGGGCCCUCAGACCGAAGCCAGUCUCGAUGCUGAACUUCUAGCCGGCCUCUGGGAAGAUGCGCCUCUCGCGCGCCUGCCUUCUGAUGCGCCGGCCGAACUGAAGGAAAUGGUACAGAUCAUAGAGAACCCGAAGCGCGUCUACGCCAUCCACCGCGCCAGCCGCCGGCACAACUUCCAAAUACUCGUGGAAACAUACGUCCAACAGCUACGGUACGGAUGUGACUCCAAGUCAUGUACAACCUCGACCUGCUUCUCCUGUCGCAAGCGUCUCGCAGGCAAAGCGCCAAUACGCAGAUACAACAUCACGAGCGCAAGGACCUUGGCAGUGUACCUGGCCAGUCAGGACAACCCAGAGACUGGGCUCUGUCCCUACCUCAACCCCCCGAAAGAAACACCGGCCGCCCUGAACUCGCUCAUAUUUUCCUCCAACCCCGCGCCUCCAGCAUUCAGCGACCCUUUUUCGAAGCGAUCCGGUACAUCAGGCGAUAGUAGAAGGCGGAAGUCAGGUUCGGGCGCCAGGGCAAAUGGCGAUGGCAGUUCCCUGAGGGCUACCCAGGGUACCGAGGAAAUUGGUCGUCGAGCAACAACAUCCGCCACGCACGAACGCUCGCAUUUUGAUGCGGCAACAGGCACUGCCCAUCCUCCAUUCAAAGUCGCCGAGCGACCCGUCAAUAAGGAUUACCGUUCUUUCGCAGCCAAUGUGUUUGGGACCGUCGCAUUCAAGAUGCUGGAAUGGCUCACGCCAGCUGGCCUGGAUGCCAUGUCCCAAAAAGUCGCGGCAUUGGAGGCAGAGGCGACACAAAGUCCUUCCAAAGAAGAGCCGCAAAUAUUCCGCAACCCAUCAGGCCUGUCGACGCCUUUGCAGUCAACGCCUCCCAUUACGCAGGCAGAUAGGAGAGAUCUGGGCGAAGUCUCUCAGUCGACCACGGAACAAGGACCGGAUGCAGCCCUCGCUCAGGGGUCACAGACACUGCAUAAUCCAAGUGCGACGAUGCCCAGCCCACGGCCUAAUAAACCUAAGAGAAGUUCAAGCACUAGAGUGCGGGCCAACUCGAAGCCUAGUAGGAAGCUCUCCAUCGAGCCAUACCCGACAUCUUCAUUGCCCGAAGACGUCUCCGGGCUUUCUUCCCCCAGGAUGAACGGAGGAGCCUAUGAGAAACCACUGCGGCCACCAAAAGCGUCUCACGUCAACCCUUACGCCAUUCCAGAAAUACCCUCAACACCAUCUUUCUUUGAUAAUGUACCGCCUCAAAGCCACGCCGUGUCGAUUGUCCAAGAACCAGACUCAAUACCCAAUACAAACCACACCAACAGCAAACCACCACAACCAGCAGAGACUCCUGUUUUCCAUGAGCCGGUCUCAGAACCUCAACCUUUGCGGGUUGCAAAUUCCGCCGAAGAUGCGAAACAGAUUCAAGACCCGCUGGAGGUAUCGAUUGCCGACAGCUUGCUCCCACAAUCCUUAACAGUACUCAACGUGGAGGUGGUUGAUCUCGUGUGCGACAUUCUCCAGGAUGACGGUACAUCAGAGUCACACCUCCUUGAUCCCCCAAGGAUUACCAGCGCGUACACCACACUCAAGGACCGGGCUUCCAGAAUGCAGAGGAAACAGAGCUCCCGAGCCACCUACCCAAAAAGACUCCGGAGACAGUGGAAGCUUUUUAUUGAGCAAAGUCUGUUCAAUAUCUUGAGCGACCCCGUUAGCUUAGUCGCAUCCUUUGUCAAGGACGACGAAUUGCUCGAUUCCCAUACCAUAUGGUACUGCAUGCUGAGACUCACGCGAGUGGCUCCAAGCCUGGUGUUUCACAGUUUGUGGAUGGCAGCUGGGAGCCUGUUCAAAGCACCCAAGUCACUGCAAUCCCUUCGUUCCCCCGCUGCCAAAAUGUUCCGCCUAACCGAUCGAUCUCUUGCCAAUGUCGAAGCAGGUCAGCUCUUGUCGAUAUGCCUCCAUGCGCUGGUAGCCGCGGCCCCGUUGAUUACAGACUCUCGAAUUCUUUUCGACAUGUCACGAAUCCGUUCUAAUGGACUAACUCUCGCCGGAAGCGGUGCUCUCGCGCGGCAGCCAGCUUGGCUCUGCCUUCUGUAUGAGGAUGCCUUUUCGAACGAUCUGGCACUCCGGCUGGCGAGGCGUUUGUUCGCCGCCAUAUCCGCGCGUAGGUGUUUUGCAGACAUGGCUGCGCAAGACGACGACCUCGAGGACAACAAAGAGGACUUCGACGCCCUUCGACCCCUUCUGUCCCAACUUGAUCUACUUAACUCGUACUCAUCUUCCACUCCUGGGGUGGGCCAGCUCGAGCGAGCUGGCCACGAGUCCAGGGUUUCUACGCUAUUGCUAGACUGGGCCAAGACAGUGAUGCUUCAGCAAUGGGAUGGCCAGCCUGAAAUUUCAUACGAUAGCUCCUUUGGUGGAGCGUUGUCGCUGAUUACUGCUAUGUACGAAAAACGACAAGAUUUGCUUCUUGGAGACAUUCAAUUCCGCGUGGAUUACUUUGCCGAGAGGCUGGACUCGAUCAAUAUGCCUGUCGCCUGGCUCACCCAUACCUCCUCGAGACAGAAGAAGCACCUGUUGGACUUCCCCUUCAUCUUUGACCCAUCUGCCUUGGUUUCUUAUUUCCGAUCCAUCAACUUCUCGAAGAUGAGCCGAAGCUAUGAGGAAUCGAGCUCGCUCCAAACACGUAUGAAGGCGAUUGUUGCUCCCGGAGGCCUCAUUACCAAUCCCCAUCAUAAGCUCGUUCUACAAGACCUUCUUAAAACAGCCUCCUCAAAGUAUUUGAUCCUCGAGAUUAGUCGUAAGAACGUCAUCAGGGAUGCUUUCGAUCAACUCUGGCGGCGAGAAGCAAGAGAGCUGCAUAGACCGCUCAAGAUCCAUCUUGGCGAGGAAGGUGGCGAAGAGGGAUUCGAUUCGGGUGGAGUUCAACAGGAAUUUUUUCGACUUGCUGUUGCUGAGUGCCUCAACCCCGAUCAUGGCGCUUUCACGGUCGACGAUAGGACCCACAUGACCUGGUUCGUCCCCGGAUCCGUCGUACCAGCUUGGAAGUUUGAGAUCCUUGGUCUGUUGGUGUCACUGGCUGUCUAUAACGGCCUGACACUGCCCAUCACCUUCCCUAAGGCACUUUACCGCAAGCUCCUAGGUGAGCCUGUGGAUGAAUUGCACCACAUCGCCGACGGAUGGCCAGACCUCGCGAUGGGACUGACGACUUUACUUGAAUGGGACGAGAAACAGGGUCUUGUCGAAGACGUCUUUGCACGCACAUACGAAUUCUCCGUGUCCAUGUUUGGACAGCCCAUUUCUCGGGAGAUGGAUGGAAAGGCUAGCAGCUGGCCCCAGUUCGAGGCGACUGCUAAGACGUCGCUUGUGGAUGGGAAUCCCGAGGAUGCUCCGCUCGUCACCAACGAGAACAGGAAUGCGUACGUCAGCGACUAUAUCAAAUACCUGACGGAUGUUUCUGUUCGCCCGCAGUAUGAAGCGUUUGAGCGUGGAUUCCGAGCUUGCAUACAUCCCAAGGCACUCGGGCUCCUGACUCCGCCACUCCUCCAAUCACUCGUGGAGGGUGUCCAGGAGAUUGACAUUUCUGAAUUACGCCGGUACACAAGAUACGUCGGCUGGGACGCGACCCACCGCGGCGUCCGAGACUUCUGGUCGAUUGUUAAGCGCUACGACGAGAAGAUGAAGAGGCGGCUGUUGGAGUUCGUCACCGCGUCGGACCGUGUGCCCGUCGGCGGCAUGAAGAAUAUGCAAUUCGUUGUUCAAAGAAACGGCGAAGAGGAGGGCGAGGGCGGGCAUUUGCCCACCGCGUACACAUGUUACGGUACGCUUUUGCUGCCAGAGUACAAAGAUAAAGAUGUCCUGAGAGAGAGACUUUCCAUGGCAUUGGAGAACGCGCAAGGCUUUGGAUUUGCUUGA